GGCAAACAGAGAGCAGUUUCACUUCAACGCCACUUGAACACAGCAAUGGAUUGAUUUUAUCAUUAUGCUUUAUUAUUUUGAACCAACAAGUCAGUUAGAUGAUGUAAAAUAGGACAAUAAAAGAAAAUAGACGUAGUUAAAUAUUUUAAAACUUUAGGAGAUCAUUCAGGCUGCAGCUGGUUUGUUAGUCAUGGCUGAUGACUCUGAGUCUUUGCCUGUAAUAAAGAGGUUCAGUUAUGCUUUGGGACAUUUUCUAAACGAUCUUUGUGCGUCCAUGUGGUUCACCUACCUUCUGGUUUACUACCACUCGGUUUUAGGCUUCCAGAACUCCUUUGCAGGAGUGCUCUUGCUAGUCGGACAGAUCGCGGAUGGCUUCUGCACCCCUCUGAUCGGAUAUGAAUCGGACAGAACCCCCGGCUACAGAAACUAUGGCAAGAGGAAAACUUGGCACUUAAUAGGGACGAUCAGCGUCCUGCUGUCCUUCCCGUUCAUAUUUAACCAGUGUAUAGGUUGUAACGAGAACACCCCGCAGUGGGCUGGACUCGUCUACUUCAUCCCCUUCAUCGUCAUCUUCCAGUUCGGAUGGGCUGCGACCCAAAUCUCCCACCUGUCCCUCAUCCCGGAGCUGGUGAGGUCCGAGUCGGCCAAGGUGGAGCUCACCGCGUACAGAUACGCGUUUACAGUGAUCGCGAACAUCACGGUGUACGCUGUGGCCUGGCUGCUCUUUCAUUUCCAGGCGGGAGACGAUCCCUCUGCCUCUGAAAACCUGGGUCCCAUAGACAUCCCCAUCUUCAGGAACUUGAGUCUGAUCGUGUUGGCGAUCGGCGCUUUGUUCUCGCUGCUGUUCCACCUGGGUACGUGGGAAUCCAAGGCGUACAGCACGAAGGACGAGGAGGACGGAACCGAGGACGGAGAACGCCAGCCUCUACUCGCUCGCCCCGCCAGUAACUCGCCCUCCGCCGUCCUGCAGUGGCAGCACUGGCUCAGCGAGCCCUCCUUCUACCAGGUCGCUCUUCUGUACAUGUGCACCAGACUGAUGGUGAAUCUGUCCCAGACCUACAUCUCCAUGUACCUCACAAACACACUCCUGCUGCCCAAGAAGUAUAUAGCCACGAUUCCUCUGGUGAUGUACAUGAGCGGCUUCGCUUCCUCCCUCAUCAUGAAACCCCUCAGUAAGCUGAUCGGGACCAGUAUGAGCUAUUUUGUGGGACUGGUCCUGAUCAUGAUCUUCUCUUACUGGGUUCUACUGGACGCUCGUAUGGGCGACGGCGUGUACGGAGCCGCGGUGCUACUGGGAGCUGGAUCGGCGACAAUCCUCGUCAUGUCUCUGUCCAUGACUGCAGACCUCAUCGCUGACCAAACUCAAAGUGGAGCCUUCGUAUACGGUGCAAUGAGUUUCACAGACAAAGUUGCCAACGGCUUGGGGGUGAUAAUCAUCCAGGGGCUGCACCCGUGCCAUACUCAGGUGUGUUGCCCGGCGUGUGUAUGGUAUUACCACUACGUGAUGGUGAUCGUUACCGGAGGAGUCGCGGUCGUAGCGGCACUCGGUCUCUGCUCCAUUCUCAUCCGGCCGAUCAGGAUCAGCCGCCGACUGAGUGUGAUGCCUGGUCUCAUGUCAUCAGACGGAGAGGGUUCAGAGAGCAGCGGAGAACCAGCCAUCAAUUAG